AUGCAGAGUGUUAGGAAGCCAUUCAAAAUCAAAAAGAUAGAGAAUAGUUAUUUAGAGGAAACGUUCCAAGAAUCAAUAGGUGUGACUUCAACUUCCAAUGAUAGUGAAUCAAACCAGAAUUUAAUACUAGGCAAACAUUCAUUAAAUGAUAAAAUUAUAUCAACGAGGACAUUAGAUACGGUGCAAUGUUUCGAUAAAGAUACGUUUGUUGUUGUGGAAGAUAGAUGUCUCAGAGGGAUCCGUUUGAUGGGUUCAUGCAAUGUGGAAAUAUUUGAUCAAAUACUUUUAGAUGAUAAAGUGUUAUGUUGUGUUGAAUCAGAAUCUAAAUAUGGUAAAAUUUGUAUUUUAACGGAUAAUAAUAUGAUUCAUUUGAUUGAUGUGAUAAAAAUCAAAGAAUCUAAGAAAUUGAAAUUGAAAUUUACAAAACAUAUUGAUAUUGGUAUCGAAUUAAAGGUUGAAGAACUUCAUUUGUUUAUGGCACCAGCUAAUGACAUAUUAUACAUGAUUAACAAAUCCAUGGUUAAGCUUUUUCAAAUAGAUAUUAAAAAAGGUCAAGUGAACACAAUCCAAUUCAGGUUAAAUAUGAUUUAUCAAUUAAUAAAUUUUACAUCAUAUGAUUCCAUAAAUAAUGCAUCAAGCCUACUUUUAUUUCAUAUAGAUAAAUUGACAAAGAUAUUACACCUUGAAAUUGUUCAAAUAAAUAAUAAUAACAAUGGAACAAUGACAGAAUUGUUCAGAAAGAAAACUUUUAAGAUCGAUGAAGUUAAAAAUGAUCUUAUCUGGAUAAAAACAAUUAACUCUCAAUGUAUUGUCAUAUUGACGCUUAAUUAUGUUACAAUAAUAUCAGGUCCACAGUUCUCUGUAAAGAGAUGGAAAAAUAGCUCUAUUUCAAAGAAAUAUUUGCAACAAUCAUUCGAUUUUAAAAAUUUAUACGUGGAAAGAACGGGCGAAUCAUUUUACUUACAAUUAACAAAUUCUAAAUUGAAUAUUUUAAGCGUAAUUUUGAAGGAAAAUGAAAAUUAUAUUGAAUGGAUAUUUAUGCCUAAUAAAUAUUUCAAGCAACACAGUAUUUUGGUUUUUCAUUUAAAUCACGAUAUUAUAUAUUUGAGAGACAUUACAGAUAAGGUUAAUAUAAUUGAAUCCAAAGAAGACCAACCCAUAAAAUAUUACAAUAUUUUGAAUAAAGUUGUAUUGAAGAAAAUUAAAUAUGAAAAUAUUAGCUAUAAAUGUGGGUUCGUUAAGUCUAAUACAGGUUCAAUUGUACAGGACUUUGUUUUUGGAGGUGUUAAUUUGAGUAAUAACAAGCCGUUCAUAGAAGAAACCAAUAUGCAAAUAAGAUAUGAGAUUAAGAAAAUAGGAACCUUUUCAAAUGAGGCAGGUAUAGUUAAUAAACUUGUAAUGCACAAAGGAACAUUAAGGAUAUUGUGUAAUGAUAGAUUGUAUGGUAUGGAUCAAAACAAAAAUAUUACAUUUGUUAAUUCGUUGGAUUUAACUAGAUCUCAUUUAUCUAAUACAGGCAAUGUCAUUAAUUAUAACAACGAGGAUGUAAUGUAUUGUACAGAUGUUAUUUCCUAUGAGGAACACUCUCAGUUCGACGAUAACCUACUACAAAUUGAUAUUGAUGGUAAAAUAACGAUAACAAAAUACGGUGGCGGACAAGAAGAAAGUCUUAUUCUAUUUAAAUUUGAACAUAAAAUAAAUCUGCGCAGAAAUGUAAAAGUCACAGCAAUAAUUACCAAAACUUCAGAUGUGUUCCUACUGAUAUAUGAGAACGAAAUAUUAAACCUCUAUUGUAAUAGUGUAAUUGUCGCCACCUUAUUUAUCGGUUGCCGACUACUAGAUGACCUUUUCAUCUUAAAAUCAAGUGAUAGUCUAGAAAAAGGAAUGAUAGUGUUAUCUUUUAGUGAUAGCACUUUGGAAUUUUUUGAUAUGUCUUUGAAACGUACUUAUUUCAAAUUUUCAUUAUCUUCAAAUGAUCCCCUUAAAUUAGUGAAAGCGGUAAUUAAUAAUAACAUUUUGCUUGUAUAUCAAAACAAAUGUUUGCUAUUAAUUAACUUUGAGUACUUUCAGGUGACAAAAAUCGAGUUAGAAAUUGAAAUACGAAGCAUCAUAUAUGUCGGAUUAGAUAAUAAUAAACAUGCAUUUGUAAUAAGUGACAAUUCAAAUGCACUUUAUAAAAUUGAAUUCAAGAAGACUAUGAGCUUUAAGAAACGCAUUAAACGACUAGAAUUUGCAAAAACUUUUGAUGUUCCUGUUAAUAUACAUGAACUUUCAUCCAUAUAUUCGACUAUUGUAGUUCUUAUGUGGAACCAUAAAAGGAAAUAUCUUAAUUUAUUUGCGUACAAUAUGGUUAGGCAGUCGAUUGUAUCUAAUAUAUUUACUAUUGCUUCCAUUGAUGACUCUAAGCCAAUUCUUUCCCCGUUAAGUAUAGAUGAUAACUUAUGGAACAAUUCAAAUAAUAUAAUCCCCAGAUCUAGUUAUAUUGUGACUUUUGUUAUAAAUGGGCAACCACAAUAUAAGAUAUUACAACUUGAUAAGUCAAAGAUGUUAUUUAAACAAGUUUUCGGCCAAAGUUUAAAAGUUUCUCCAAAUUCUUUGUCAAUAAGCACUAUAGAUAAAUCAAAACAAUUGGUAACAUUUUUUGGCCGUAACAUUGAGAUUAAAGAACUUAAAUAUAUACAGAAAAAUGAUGAUAUAUUUUCGGUUCAAACUAAAGACUUAGAACUAAUUGAAAGGAAAAAUGAGCCAUCUAUUGUUUAUGGAUCUGAGAGAAAAGGGUUCAUUGAAACACUCAAUAUGAAAAAUAUAUAUGAAAACUUUAAUGCUGGCCUAUCCGAAGUAGAAAACUGUCGACCUGAUUAUCCCAGUAGGUCAAAUAACAUGUUUGGUCGACAAUUUCAAAAGGCAUUUAUUAAGAAAGCUAGGUGUUCUGAUAUUGAGAAUUUCGAUUGCGAAAUUCAAUAUAAAAAUCCUCAUUUAAAAUAUGACGCAUGGCAUAAUGAGCUCAUUUUGUCUCUUACAACAAGUGGAAGGAUGACAAGAAAUAUGGUAACUGCUACAAUUGAUCAAGACAAUAUGCUGUCGUUAUCAGAUAGAAGGAACUUACAGUGUAUGAGUUCCCAAUUAUAUACACCUAACGUUAACGUCCAGAAUUAUUCACAAAUUGACGAAAUUCUUUCUAUCCAGAGUACAUUUAGAAUUCUUGGAAGCAGUAAGUCAGCGAAACGAUUUAUGAAAAGGACUUUCACGCCUAUGUUUAUUGUUCUUGGUUGUAAUUCAACAAAGUAUAUUAUUGUACAAUGUUGUGAUGACAUAAUGGAAAAAGAAAAAGAAAUACUCAUAACUACACUAGAAUAUAAUUUUGUUGCAGUCUCCAAAACGCACGGUAUGCAUACUGAGCAUGGUACACAUAUACCACAAAUUCAACAAGUAAGUUUAGUUGAUCUUGAUUGA